UAGUUCAUGAAAACAGAACUGGAGGGACACAAGUGUAUAUUUUUAAAACAGGAGGUAUAGAGUAAACUUUAGGGCAGUAGUUGUAAUUAUCCCAUAAUUUUAUCUUGAUGAACUUUUAAAACAAAAACAAAAUAAAAAUUUGAAGAGGAAAAAGAAUAUAAAAUGAGAAAGAGAAAAGAAAGAAAUACUAAGACAAAGAAAGAAUGUUAUUGUUGUUGUUGUUUUUGGGUGGUGAGUUUGCAAUAAUAGGCGGGAAUGAUCAUUACCCGCCAUCACCAACCACCUUCUUCACCACCAACAUUCAUAAUUUAUCCUUCAGGUUCAAGCAACUGACGCAUCUCAACCACCUGAAUCCCUUCACUCCCACUCGCUCAUUGCCCUUUCUUCACUUUGUUCUUCUUUCCAUUUCUUGAUUCCUCACUUCCUAGUGCCAAAUUCAAGAUUUUCAGAACUCAAUUGUUCUUAGCAUUUAUGUUAGUAUUAUGAUUAAGGCAAUGGGGAAUUCAAUAUUUCGAGCCUUGAGGCCUUUCAUUAUUCUGAUAUGUUUCUUGGCUUUUCUAUUCAUACCCAACAACAUUUUUGUGUCAGCUUACGAUAAAUUUAGAGGGCCAGGACGUAUAAAUGAUGAAACAGUAGUAGCUGAAGAACAGCAGAGUAGUGAGAGUACUUAUACAGCCCCUAAUAGCCCUGGAGUUGAUAGAUCAGAGCUCUGUAAUACAGAUAUGAGCACUUUUCUUCCUCCACCUUACAAUAACAUAUCAAACAUGGUCUGCAUACCCGUUUGGAAUACUUAUCUUUUGAGGUAUCACAAGAGAGAAGGCAACUUGGUGACCUUUAUAAUAUCAGCUGUCUACACAACUGGAUGGGUAGGAAUAGGAUUUUCAAAAGAUGGUCUGAUGGCAGGUUCUAGUGCUAUGGUGGGAUGGUUUACAAAGCAAGGUCAUGCAAGAAUCAAGCAAUACUAUUUGCAAGGUCCUAGAUCAUCACAAGUCAUAGCAGAUGCAGGUGAAUUAGACAUCACAAAAGUUCCACCGGCUGUUGUGCUUCAUGGACCCAUGAUUUAUUUGGCAUUUCAAGCCAAAUUUGAAAAACCACUUGCUCGUCAACCAAUUAUAUUGGCUUUUGGAACCAGAUAUCCAAAUCAUCACCACCUCUCCAUUCAUGAUGAUAAGACCACCAUUCUGUUUGACUUCUCUGCAGGUUCUGCUUCUUCUGGGUAUAUAAAUCCGGGACAGAUGAAGAAGAAUCAUGGGAUAUUGGGUAUCUUUGCUUGGAGCUUGCUUCUUCCUGUUGGGGCAAUUGUUGCAAGAUAUUUAAAGCAUAAGGAUCCACUUUGGUAUUAUCUACACGCUGGUAUUCAGUUUGUCGGAUUUCUCUUUGCCCUAGCUACUGUAGUCCUUGGACAACAACUCUAUACUAAAAUUAAUGCUGAUAUACCAGCUCAUAGAUCCAUAGGGAUUUUCGUUCUUACCAUCACCAUUCUUCAGAUAUUGGCAUUCUUUCUACGACCUAAGAAAGAUGCGAAGAUCCGCAGAUACUGGAACUGGUAUCAUGGCUGGUUCGGAAGAAUUGCCCUAUUCUUUGGAGCUCUAAACGUGGUGUUAGGAAUCCACGCAGGAUCUGCAGGUAUUGCAUGGAAGAUAUGCUAUGGAUUUCUAAUUGCUACUAUAAUGCUGACGGUUAUUAUCCUAGAAGUAUUGUCUCGACUGAGGAGAUCAGAAACUACUCCACCUUCUUCCUUCCAAAUGAAUCCGAUUUCAUAAACUACGUUCAGGUAAUGAAGGUGAAAGAGCCCAUGUUCUUGUAAAUUUUAUGGCCCGACUCAUGACAUGGAAUUCUCAAGAACUGGUUUCCUGAAACAGGGCGACUAAAGUUAUUGCAAAAUUUUGCUCCAGAAAGAAACGGCAAAAAAGGGUUGAGCUGCGCUUCAUAUGCCCUUUUCUAAGAACUCCAAAUACCGAUGCCAAACCUUGUCUUGGUUCAAUUUUUUAUAUGUUCUGAAUCAGAAUAUGGCAUCUGCGCUAGCUGUUUCAGUGUGAACGCCUGGGAUUGUUGGGUCGUUGGUUGAUUGUUUUUGUAAAGCUGAGCAACCUAGUUUCAGCCUUUCUUGUGUAAAAAAGAAAAAAGAAACACUAACUGUAAGCUUCCUCUUUUCACAUUUUGAGCCUGUAUUGCUAUCUGGUUUUGCAAAUGAAGAUGCACUUGGAAAAUAUUUCUAAUGUUGAUAUUAUUUUUCAUGAAAAA